AUGGGUUGCGAUGGGAUUGAUUGGGUUAUUGCUAUGUUUACCGCCGGAAUACCACUGGUGGCAAUGGUGAUAGGUGCUUUAUGGGUCCCUCUUCAACUUUGCACGGCUAUUUUUACUGUUCUCUUCGCGAUAUGCUCUGGAAUCAGUAUUACUGCAGGUAAAGCGGUCAUACGGCAUUUCAGUUAUCACCGCUUAUGGGCACAUCGAGCAUAUUCUGCGCAUCCGUUAUUGCAGGUUGCCUUGGCCAUGACGGGUGCAAGUGCAGGGCAAGCCUCGAUUAGAACGUGGUGCAGAGAUCAUCGAGCCCAUCACCGUUAUGUCGAUAAAGAUAAAAAUCCAUACUCUAUCAACAAAGGGCUUCUAUAUGCACACUAUGGUUGGGUUAUCAUGAAGCAGGAGCUGAGACAAACGGGCCGUGUGGAUCUUCAAGACCUCUCAAGUGACCCCAUCGUUACGUGGCAACCCAAAAAUUAUCUGUUUCUGCUCUUUGUGACUGCCUAUGUGUUCCCUGUCAUGGUGUGUGGCCUUCUGUUCAACGACUUUGCUGGCGGAUUCGUAUAUGCUAGCUGCAUACGGUUGUUCUUGAUUCAACAAGGAAUCUUUUGCGUCAACUCACUCGCAUACUGGAUCGGGGACCAGCCAUAUGCAGGUCAAAACUCGCCGCGUGAUUCUUGGAUAGUUGCGUUAAUAAGAUUUGAGGAAGGAUAA